AUGGGUGUCUCUCAGCAAAUGGUGCAGCGCUUGCAGCAGUGCGUGGUUGUGGUGGAUCCCUAUUCGACCGGCGGCAUGCUGGCAGCAGAGUUGCUGCAGCGGAACUACUGCGUUGUGGCCUUGUGGACCUCCGAAGUGCAAGAGAACCGCGGGCACUUUCCGGCAGCCGCGAAAGGCGUCCCGGAGAAGUUCUUGUGCGAACUCGAAGAGCAGGAGACUUUGGCAGCGACUGCCGCGACCAUCCACAAGGCUACCGAUGGCAUGGAGCUGGUCGCCGUGAUGUGCGGCGGUGAGACCGGCGUGAAGGUUGCCGAUGCGCUCGCAGAGUUCUUGGGUCUUCGCGGGAAUAGCACGGCAGAUGGCAUGGAGAACCGGAGGGACAAGCGGGUCCAGCAGGAAGCCGUGAAGGCAGCCGGACUCCGAUCCGUUCGCUCGGCCUGUGGCACCUCCUGGAGCGAGGUCAGCGACUUCGCUGCGCGGGAAGCCUUGCCCCUGAUCGUGAAGCCCGUGGAGUCUGCCGGCUCAGAUGGAGUGAAGAAGUGCAACACCUUCGAAGAGGCAAAGGAACACUUCGAGCUGCUCAUGAAUUCGCAGCGCAAGUGCGGUGCUCAAGGCGCAGCGGUCUUGGUACAAGAGUUUCUCAAAGGCACAGAGUACAUCGUCGACAUCGUGUCAAGAAACGGGGUCCACAAGACGACCAUGGUUUGGGUGUACGACCGAAGAGCCGCCAACGGUGGCGAUUUCGUGAUGUACGGACAGAAGUGUGUGCUUGCAGACGAUCCCGUGGCGCAAGAGCUGAUUGCUUACAGCAAAGGCUGCCUGGAUGCCCUGAAGGUCACCAACGGCGCAACGCACACCGAGGUCAUGAUGACCGCCGACGGGCCAUGCCUCGUCGAGGUGAACAGCAGGUGCCACGGUGCUGCGGGCGCUUGGAUGCCUCUCGCGGAAGCACUCACCGGCUAUACGCAAGUGGGAGUUUGCGUGGAUGCCUUCUUGAGCCCCGAGGCUUUUGAUCGUUUGUCCGAGGUGCCUCCGUCACCAUUCCUCAAGGCGGGAGAGAUGGUCAGUCUCAUCUCUUUCCAGGAGGGUGUCGUUGAGGGCACACCUGGUUUUGAUGCAGUCAGGAGACUGCGCUCCUACGUUUCUCUGGAGGAGAACGUCCAUGUAGGGGACCGUGUACAGAAAACCAUAGACCUUUUCACUGUCACCGGCUUGGCGGUUUUGAUCCAUUCAGACCCGGAAGUCCUGGCAGAAGACAUUUUGCUCAUCCGGAAGAUGGAGGUCGAAGGUAGCUUGUUCGAUCUGCAGGGAUGUGAGUCCCCAUGCAGGUCGCUCAGUGGGUCGCCUGUGAUGGGAGUCCUGCCUUCUUGCUUUGAGUUCAUUGUUUCCUUGCUUUGGAGCCUCGGGCCCAACGCCGGCGUGCUCCAGAAAACAAACUAG